AUGUGUGAGGCCAUUGGAAAGUUUGGUCCCGGGUAUGAGCCUCCUAGUCAACAUGAUCUUCGUGAGAAGUUGUUGAGUGAGGAGUAUGCAAGAACCAAGUCUUUGCUAGAUGAACGUGAAGGCCAAAAGAUCAAGCUUGGAUGCACCAUCAUGACCGAUGCAUGGACGGACAUCAAGAGGAGGAGCAUCAUGAAUGUGUGCAUGCAUUGUAGUGGUGGAACUUCUUUCCUCAAGUCAAAGGAGACUUCAGAUGUGUCACAUACCGUGGAAGUCAUAUUUGAACUAGUGGACAAGGCAAUUGAGGAGGUUAGGGCUGAACAUGUGAUGCAAGUUUGUACGGAUAAUGCUUUCAAUAACAUGGGAGCCAAGAAGAUGUUGCUUGAGAAGAGGCCAAAAAUAUUUUGGAGCUCUUGUGCAACUCACACCAUCAACUUGAUGCUCCAAGGAAUUGGCAACAUCAAAAGAAAGACAGAUGCUCUAAGGGCUAUGAUGGUUGAUAGAGCAUGGGAGGAGAUGCCAAUUGUGAAGUCCAAGAAGGGAAAAGAUACAACGGCCACCUUGAUGGAUGCCAACUUUUGGAAAGGAGUAACACUUUGCUUGAAGGUGUUUGAGCCAUUGGUGAUCCUUCUUCGUUUGUUUGAUGGGGAUGUCAAGCCAUCCAUGGCUUGGCUUUAUGGAGAGAUGUUGAAGGCAAAGAUCAAGAUCAAGGAGGCAUUUGGCGAUGUUGAGAAGAACUACAAAGAGACUAUAGCCAUCAUUGACAAGAAGUUGAAAGGAAGGCUUGAUACAUCACUGCACAAGACCGCAUAUCUCUUGAAUCCAUACUAUGCAUAUGCUAACAAAGAAAUAUUUGAUUGA